AUGAUGAUGACUUUCUGCAAGAAGAGUGUCCACUCCUUCCUCGGAGGCCUCUCAAUCUCAAAUUCAUGCCUCAUUACCCCGCCGCUGCCGCCGUCAUCGCCCUGCAACAAAGGCCUAGGGCUAAUCACCUCCCCCAACGAAAUCCACAUCCAUCGCCCUCCAAAUGUAGUCGAAUCCGCAUCCAUCGUCAAGUCUCCCCCGCCUCCAUCGCAGCCAAGGCCAAAGAGCCUCGGGUUCGAGAGCUACGACGAUGAUGGCAGAAAUCAGGGAAAAAACAAUAAUAAUGAUUCUAAUGCUUGUUCGACAACAGCGCGAAGCGAUGGGGAAAUCAGAGAUGUGAGCAUGAGAUGGAGGGAUAGGAUUAAGGAGAGGAGGAGCAAGAGGGAUGCGAUGAAGGCGAAGAAGUUUCCUCCGCCGAUCUCGUCGCUGAACAAGAAUGGGCAGCCGAACUUCUUUCUCCGGCCGGUGAGGAAGGAUGGGCGGUUAGAGUUGACGGAGGUGAGAAUCGAUCGGCCCGAGGUUCUCCGAGCGUCGAGAGAAGACGGAAGGUUGAGAUUGCUCCUCGUUCGGGAUGAUAAAAUCGAUGGCGAAGAUUGCACCGCUGGAAAUGACGUAUGUGAGGGUAAUCCGGAAGAUUUGGUUGCAAUUAAUGAGGAAACGGUGUCAUUUUGUGCGGCUCCAGCGAAAGAAGAAGAAGAAGAAGAAGUAGAGGUAGAGGAGGAUGAAUCAUCGUCGGAAGAGAAGGAAACGGGUACGGACAAGGAAUUGUGCAGGAGUAACAAUGAUGGCCAUAAUUUGGGAGAAGAGUGGGGUUAUUCUCCUCCGAUGAACGGAGAGGGAUUCCGGCGAUGUUACAAUUUGUUAAGCCACCAUGGUGCUGGCGGGCAUUAUUAUCAUGGCGGAGAGAUGCACAUGUGGAGACAACAUUGUGUGACUACAAGGUGA